CCAAUCAAGAUCAGUAUGCAGAGGAAGAUGAGAGCAGCAGCCCCAGGAAAGAAAGCAGCUGCACUUCAACAGAAGAAUGUAGAAGUGAAAACAAAAAAAAACAAACAAAAAGCCCCUGGGAGUGGGGAGGGCAGCAGCACCAGUGACACGCCCCAGCCGCCACGCAAGAAGCGAGCGCGGGUGGAUCCCACCGUUGAAAGUGAGGAAACUUUUAUGAACAGGGUUGAAGUGAAGGUAAAGAUUCCUGAAGAAUUAAAGCCCUGGCUUGUUGAUGACUGGGAUCUCAUCACUCGUCAGAAACAGCUCUUUAAUCUUCCUGCCAAAAAGAAUGUGGAAACUAUUCUGGAAGAGUAUGCUACAUACAGGAAAUCCAGGGGGAACACUGAUAAUAAGGAGUAUGCAGUGAAUGAAGUUGUGGCUGGAAUUAAGGAAUACUUCAACGUCAUGCUGGGCACACAGCUGCUUUAUAAGUUUGAGCGUCCCCAGUAUGCGGACAUCCUAGCUGACCAUCCAGAUGCUCCAAUGUCCCAGGUGUAUGGUGCACCCCACCUUCUUCGACUCUUUGUACGAAUAGGAGCCAUGUUGUCAUAUACUCCUUUGGAUGAAAAAAGUCUGGCAUUGUUACUGAACUACCUUCAUGACUUUCUUAAGUAUCUAGCCAAGAAUUCUUCUACAUUGUUCAGCGCAAGUGACUAUGAAGUUGCACCCCCAGAAUACCACCGUAAGGCAGUAUAGUGAUAGAGGAAACCUUGCAGUAGGACCAAACUAAAAGCAGGCUGUAACAGACUUCUCUAUCACUAGAUUGAUCUAGGUCACAGUCGGCUGCCCAAUCUGUGCUAUCUAUACAAUGGAGUGGAAGAAUACCAGGGGUGUCAUUAUGAAUAUGGGGAAAAUGUUUAUAUAAACAUUUAGCUGCUGGAUCAGAGCAAUGUUUAGCAUCUGGAUGCUGUUGUCACCACUAAGGUGUAAUUUGUACCUGUGUGGAACCACCUUGUCCUUCACCAUCUCUGGCCCCCACUUGAUUUCUAAAGAAUUGUCUGACUUAUGUGGAUAUUCAUGUUAUGUUCACUGACACUUGGAGUAUAGCACAGAUAUGUUACUGAUGGAGGACGUUAAUGCUCAGUGUCUGCUCAUUUGAUAGAAUGCUCUAUGCUGUAGACAUCCACGUGGAGUUGUCUUUGUUGCAUUUGCUGUUCAGCUCUUCCAAUGUGAAUGUGCCAGCAACUGCUUUAUUCAUGUGAUGCUGCAACUGGUUCAUGCUGCUCAGUUGCCACUUGUUAAUCACUCAUAUGGAAGGAAUUCAUGGGUGACAUUUAGGACACGUCACUCAACAUUAAUCUGCUACUGUAUCUUCAACACCGUUUUUUGUUAGCCCAGUUUAGGGCAGUGUGGGAGCAAAGAGAAAAUGGAGCAUGAUGCGUAAACAAUCAAAUCCGCUGGACGGAGGACCAAAAUUAUUGCAAGAUAUGUUAGCACUUGUUCUUUUCCCUCCUCUCCAGAAUUACUUACAAAAGGAAAGUUUUGUCAUUUCAUACUUCGUGACCUGUUAAAUAGUCAAAUAACUAUGACAGAAUUAGUGCGAUGUGCAGGUCUGUUAGUUAUUUGCCAGUUUAUCUGAAUGUGUUAUGAAAUGCUGACUGUUCCUCUACACGAUUUGACACUUCAUAGCUUGUUUGAUAUACUGUCCUUUAAACUGUUCACUUUGCUCUGCACUCAUUUGUUGAACUCGUUCUUGGAGUUGAACCUUAAAAAAAUAUGUUGAACUUUAAUGUCUGAAUCUUGUGGUGUUUUUUUGACAUUUGUUAAAUGCUGCUUUUCUUUGUAUAUAUUUUUUUUUAUAUAUAAAUAUAUAUGCUGCAAGUACCUUUCAGUUAAGUGGUUAUGUUAAUGCAUGGCUACAUAGUCUGUUCAGUUACGUUAUGGCUUUAUGUAAAAUAAUAAAAUAAAAAGUAAUUUAA